AUGAAGCAAGGAAUUCCGGCUGAAAAUCGCGGAAAGGAUAUUGUUCCGGUUGAGGUGAGGCUUUAAAAUUUGAAAAAAUCGGAUUUUGUGAGAAAAUUUCAGCUUUUUAGCUCAAAAAACAGUAGAAAAUCCAGAUGAAAUGGGAUUUUUGAGCAAUUUUGGCCCAAAAAAUGCACGUGGCAAAAUUUCGAACUGUGACUAGAGGCUCCUGUUGAGCGUCUCCAUGUCUUAGGGAAAAAUUGUUAGGAAAAAAUUGAGCAAAGACUUUUGCAUCUAAGAACUAGAUUUUCCAUGAGGAUUUUCACAGGGGUUUUUUCACUACCGAGUCAAUGCAAAAUUGUAAUCGAGCAAAUAGGCUCCGCCCAUCUUUUUCCGCACAGACAUGUGGGCGGAGCUUAGGUUUUCAGAUUUUCAAAAAGAAAAUUGAAAACCCUUUGGCUCAAAAGACACACAAAUAAAAAGAAAAAAGUCGGGCUAUAUAUGUGUUUGCAGCGACCGACAUCUCGCGAGGCCGGCCACACGCCAUUGUUUUUUUUUGUCGGCCACGUAGCGCGCUGUUUGCGGAGGUUUUUUGUCGUCAGAUAAAAUGUUUUGUACGUGAUUAAUUUUCGGUAGUGAUAAAACCCCUGUGGAUUUUGGCAUUUUUUGACAUUUGAAUUUUUGGCCUUCCUAGCCCCCGAAUCAACAAACAAAAUUGUAUUUUUUGUACACCUGCUUCUAAACAAAAUGAAGUCAUCAGAGUAAAUUGUUUUACAGAAUGAUGAUGGAAAGAAGGAGUUGCAAGAAUUCGUGAAAAACUACUCGAAUAAAAUAUCGGGUCUUAAAAGAGUGAGUUGAAUUGAAAAAUGUUUUUUAUAGCUGGCUUAGGUGGAAAACUUGUUUUUGGAUUAUCUGACUUUUUGGAAAACCUUAGGUUGAAAAUAUUACUUAGAAAAAAUUAUGCUCGACUGUAUUCAGCGUUCCACUCUCUGACAUUUUGAAUUUCAGUUCGAACUAGUGCGAAUAGCCAAAUCAUUGGUCAACUUGCACCAGAUUACAAGAACUGUACUGGACCGCAAAUGGAAAAAGUUCUUGGAAAGAAAACUGUUGAGGUAAAUAAAAAAAUUUUUUUUUUAAUUUUGAAAAUUAAUUUUUAAGGCGCUUUGGAAAUGUUCAAUCACUAUUGAAGAGUAUCCAGAAUUGGUUGAAAAACUUAUUCAAAUUCAAAACCAGAAGAAAUUGAAUAAGAACUUUCUCGAGAAAAUAGCUACUCGAACAUCAUUUGGGAUUCGUGAAGCUCUCGAAUUGAUCGAGGAAUAUGAACAAUCGACCGAGAAGCCAGCUGAAUUUCUUGUAGUAAGUGAUUUUAAGUAUUUGAUAUUUUUCGCUCCGGAGUUAGGAAAAGCUUUAAUUUCAACCCUUGUUAUUUUUUGGGCUCCAUUUAACAAGGGACUAUUUUAACUCAACACUUCAAAUCAUAAUGCAAUUUUCACAGUACGUUGAUAUACGGAUAUUAGCCUUUCAUACGUCGGUGCACCUCGCUCCAUCGAACAAACACGCUCCGCAUCGCACGCGACGCGCCAAAAAAAGCGCACGAGUUCAAAUGCAAACGAAAACCGUUUCGAAAAAAAGAAAAACAAAAACAAAAAGAUGGCCGAGUGUGUCGGAUCCUAGGACGCGAAAAAAACUUUUCUCUUCCAUGGCGAGUGCGAUAGAGCGAGGUGCACCGAUUGGUAAAAGGCUAAUAAAAAUAAGUCUCUCAAAUUUUUAGUCUACCAAUGGACACGUGAUUUUUCUCACAUGUCCAUUGGGAGCCUAAUAAUUUUAGAGCUUCAUAAAAAUCGCAUGAUACUGUGAAAAUUUCACCGUGAUUUGAAGUUUUGAGUAAGUAAGGUUUCCUUUGUAAGUGUUUUAGUUAUAUUUUUCAGAGAGUGGAACGAAUGGUAACAUUCCGUUCCAGAGGAAUCUCGGAGACGGAUGAAGAUGAUUUCAAAAAAAUGUAUCCACAAUUGGAUUACAACAAGUUCCUGGUGUGAGUGAUUUUCAGCGUAAUCCUCUGAAAAAUGUAUAAUGUUUUCAGUAGCUUCAAGGCUUCAAAAAAGCCAAUUUCGUUUGACCAAAUCUUGAUUAACAAGAAAAAGUUUGACGAUGGCAAUGGAAUAAUGGAGCUCGAAAGAAAGAAGAGGCAAGAAAAGAAAAAGGAAGUAAAUAAAUGA